AUGAGGCUCAUGCCCUGCUGCUCAACGCCUGACUUGCUACGUUUCUUAUUGAUCAUCUUCUUCCUUGUAUCUUCUGCUUCAAUUUCAGAACCAAACCAGUUUUGUGAUGCUGGGAUUGGAUAUGGCGAGUCCAUGUGUGGAAUUCCAUCUUCGGCUUCAUCGAAGCUGUUGAUUAAGGGUGGAACGGUUGUAAAUGCUCAACACCAAGAGAUUGCUGAUGUAUAUGUGGAGGAUGGUAUCAUUGUUGCCGUGAAGCCUAACAUUAUGGUAGGGGAUGAUGUUACUGUUCUAGACGCCACUGGGAAGUUUGUUAUGCCAGGAGGAAUUGAUCCGCACACUCACCUAUCUUUUGAGUUUAUGGGUACUGAAACUGUUGAUGACUUCUUCAAUGGUCAGGCUGCAGCAUUAGCAGGUGGGACAACAAUGCAUAUUGACUUUGUCAUACCAGUGGAUGGGAGUUUAACAGCUGGUUUUGAAGCCUAUGAAAAGAAGGCAAAGAAGUCUUGCAUGGACUAUGGCUUUCACAUGGCUAUUACCAAAUGGGAUGAAACUGUUUCAAAAGAAAUGGAACUCAUGGUCAAGGAGAAAGGUAUCAACUCUUUUAAGUUCUUCAUGGCAUAUAAAGGAGCUCUUAUGAUCAAUGAUGAGCUUCUUUUGGAGGGAUUCAAAAAGUGCAAGUCCCUUGGAGCCUUAGCCAUGGUUCAUGCAGAAAAUGGAGAUGCUGUUUAUGAAGGACAAAAAAGAAUGAUAGAACUUGGAAUAACUGGUCCUGAGGGACAUGCCCUUUCAAGGCCUGCAGUGUUGGAAGGAGAGGCAACCGCACGUGCAAUUCGCUUAGCAAGUUUCGUUAACAAUCCUUUGUAUGUAGUUCAUGUAAUGAGCAUUGAUGCCUUGGAAGAAAUUGCAAAAGCUCGGAAAGAAGGACAAAGGGUUAUUGGAGAGCCUGUUGUCUCUGGGCUAGUCCUUGAUGAAUCUUGGCUUUGGCAUCCUGACUUCAAGACUGCAGCAAGGUAUGUCAUGAGUCCCCCUAUCAGGAAACGAGGACAUGACAAGGCCCUUCAAGGUGCCCUUUCAACAGGCAUUCUGCAGCUUGUAGGAACUGAUCAUUGUGCCUUUAAUUCUACCCAAAAGGCAUUUGGAAUUGAUGAUUUCCGGAAAAUUCCUAAUGGUGUCAAUGGUAUUGAAGAAAGGAUGCAUUUGGUAUGGGAUACAAUGGUGGAAUCUGGCCAAAUAUCUGUUACUGACUAUGUUCGGUUGACAAGCACUGAAUGUGCUAGAAUCUUCAAUGUGUAUCCGAGGAAAGGGGCCAUCCUUGCAGGAUCUGAUGCAGAUAUUAUCAUACUCAAUCCAAAUGCAAGCUUUGAGAUUACUGCAAAAUCCCACCACUCCAGAUUAGACGCGAAUGUCUUUGAGGGAAAGAGAGGAAAGGGUAAAGUUGAAGUCACCAUAGCUGGAGGAAGAAUUGUUUGGCAAAAUAAUGAACUGAAGGUUGCUCCUGGUACUGGUAGAUACAUCAAAAUGCCACCUUUUAGUUACCUGUAUGACGGAACUGACAAGCUCGAUGCUAGAUAUCUCUCUUCACUUCAAGCCCCGGUGAAUCGAGCUAAAUCUGCUUCAUAAAGUCCCUUGGCAUUCUGAAAUUUCAACGUGAGCUGGGGAAAACUGAGGUAUCCUAUUGUAUAUAUCAGUUCAAAACUUCAAAUAAAGGAUAUGUCUAGGUCCGUGUACUACACUAGAUAUCAUCAGUUAUCACUAUUUGUGCAUAUGGGUUCAUUAUAA